CGCAACUCGUACUAAUCGUACCGAUAAACGUGUUUGUGGAAUUGUGAUUUUUUUUCUCCGAAUUUUUAUGACUCUGGAAGUGAUUUUAUGUGAUUCGUGUUUUAUACGAGCCUAAAAGAUGGUUGUAGGCACCUUACAACAAGUCCCCAGUAAGGGGCGAAUAUCAAUUAUGAAAAUACAGAACUUCACUGUUCAGAAACGACAUUCGGUCAUCCGAUUAUCGUAUGGUAUCCUGCUGGCGAUCAUAGGAAUCAUAAUGGCUGCGAUAAAUCCUUUGGACAUUGUUACCACAUGGUACAUGGACAUACGGGAAGGUUCGUUUCUCUACAAUAUGUGGGCGAAUCCAACGUAUGAGAUGUUCUCCGAAAUGUGGGUCUUCAACUAUACUAAUGCGCAGGAGUAUCUCAGUGGAGCUGAGAAGGUGCUGAAGGUCAAUGAAGUUGGACCAUUCACAUUUCAAGAAAUGCGAACGAACGAAAACAUAAAGAUAGAUAAGCAGAAAGGCGUGAUGACUAUGAACCCGAGACUGAAGCUGAAGUUCCUGCUGGACAAGUCUGUCGCUGACACACAUAAUGUCACCGUGAAGAUACCGAACAUUGCUCUUAUUGCGAUGAGCACAUUAGCAGCAGACAAGCUGGGUUACUUCGCGAAUGCUGGAGCAUAUUACUCCAUGUCGGCUCUUGGCUCCAAGCUGUUCAAGGACCUGUCCAUUGAAGAGAUGUUCUGGGGUUAUCAUGACCCUAUUGUUACCAUUGCCAACUCUUUGCUGCCUGGUUGGAUUGAUUUUGCCAAGAUUGGACUUUUGGACCGGUUCUAUUCACAAAAAAACGAGUCGUCAGAAGUGGAACUGGCGAAUGUAACCAGACGGUACUCUUUGAACUCCUGGGACAACACCAGCGGUCUUCUGGAGCAAGGAUUUACUGACUUAGAAACUAGUACACCAUGCAACAGAAUCAAAGGGUCAUUUGAAGGUUUGAUGCUGCCAGCCAACUACCCCAAGGGGAAAAACAUCACCAUCUUCAGGAAGCAAGCCUGCAGGAACUACCCGUUCUCUUUUGUCAGUGAAAGCAAGAGUGAGAAUACUGGACUGAACUCUUACUUAUACACAAUGGACCCAACAGCCUUCAGCAGCACCUCUCCCUUUGCCUGUAACUGUAGUGAUGGUUGUCCUCCUGAUGGAUUUGUAGAUGUCAGCAAUUGUUACUAUGGUUUCCCAAUAUCUCUAUCAAAACCUCAUAUGAUGGACACAGAUCCUGUGCAGCAGUCGCACUUUGAGGGAAUGAAUCCGGACCUCAAGAAACAUGGAUCACAUUUUGAAUUGGAACCGACUAUUGGAGCACCCUUGAGCUUCUCCAUCAAGAUUCAGAUUAACCUGGCAGUGAGGAUGAAUGAGGGUAACCCCAUCACAGCUCCAUUCAAGGACAAGGUCCUGCCCAUCAUGUGGUUUGCUCUGUACUGCAACCAACCACCAUCAGAGGUAACAAGCCUCCUUCGCCUGCGCCUGCUCUACGCACCGCCUCUAAUCAUCACACUGGAAGUCAUCCUCAUCAUCGUCGGUCUGGUCCUUGCAGGCCAAGGACUUCACAGGAUCUGGAAACCUAAGUACAAAAUCAUUCCACCAAAAGAUAUUCCAGCUCCAAUAGUUAGGAGAAAGAGUUCGGAAAGAAGGAGAAGUAGUGUUAUUCUGAAUAUGGCCGAAAAUGUAGGAUUUAGCUUUAAGGAUGAUGAGGACCUGGCUAAAGAGGCUGUUUCCCUCUUAGCUAUUAAUGAAGAAGAUAGUGAAUUCGUAGAUUUGCUGGUCAGUUCUGAUAAUGAAUGAGGUUGUGAUUAUUUGCUCAAUUUUGUUGCUUUAUGGUGGAAUUUAUUUCCUGGUUUUUUCAAGCGCUUCUUGCCUUUAUAGUAAAGGUAAGUUAUUACUAUUUAAGGUUCUAUGUUAUAAAUGUGUGUUCUGAUAUCCUGUAGGAUGUAAGUGUGUUUUUAAAUUAGUAAUUUAUCUUGCAAGCUUGUUUGCUGAAGUUGGUUCAGUUCAGUAUACUAAUCCUUUUGUCUAUUGCAUUCCAUUAUAACUUGCCUUUUUGGCGGGCAUUAAACAUAAGAACAUAAUAAUAGGGUAGUUUCCUAAAUUUUAUUUUAAUGUCCAUCUGGUACAUUAAUUUAAA